UUUCGCAAUCAGCUGGGUGGUUGGUGAAGCGUGGAGGGUGCUGCUGUUGAUUAUGUGAAAAGUGGCUGGCUAGUACCGCGAAUCGAAAAGUAGUGUUGCAGUGUGUCGAAAAAGCUGCAUCUCAUCGUGAUUGAUGUGCUGGAAAUGUGCUAAUCUGAAAGCAAAUUAACAGGAAGUGUGUUGCCUCAAGAUGUCCCGCUGUAUGUUGAGCCCGCUGCGGUUCUACCGAACCGGAUCCGGUCUGCAGCACUUUCUGCCGAGCUUCGCCAGGGCUUGCCUGUUUUCUUCGCAGGCUGGUGGUGGUGGCGGGAACAAUAACAACAACGGGGGUAAAGGCUUCGUUCGGAAUACGACGAUUCUGGUGCAGCAAGGUUGCGACAUUCAGGAACUUCCGGUGGUCGUGCGGAAGAUUGCCGAGGAUGAGUUUGCAGCGUUCAUAUCGAACAAGGUUAUCGAUAGUCAACCACCACCGUUGGAAGGUGGUGCAGCGAGCUCUGAAUCGAAUGGCGCAGUUGAAAGCGAUGAUGCCAAUGCAAGUCAGGAUGAAAUCAAAAAGACAAUCGAAGAGUGUCUUACAGCGCAAGGAGUCUGCCUGGUUGUGGAAGCGCUGGGGGAGAAGGAAUUCACUCCGGACAUUGCCGUUCGAGCGAUUGAAAAGAUUCUGAAAAUUGAGAACUUGUUGGAGCUGAAGCAUCUGGAGAACAGAGAGGAAUUUGAAAAGAUUAUAAGCUGCAUCGUGUACCGAGGAGAUAAUCAGACGGUUUUGGAGGUUCUGGACGGACUAAGAAACUACAUGGAGCUUACGAAAACGAUCGACAUGUUAGGCAAUGAACUGGUCUAUCGUUGUUCGGAAACCAAGUUACAAAUCGAACAGUGCUGCGAGGCCAUCGAAAGCUUGACCCAGUGUCGGCGGUACGAGAUGGUGGAGAAGUUCUGGAGCGGAUUGGCCGACCAGGAGAAGCAGAUCGAUGAUAAGAACAUCCACAAAGUAUUUGCCAUUUUGCCGUACUUGAAAGUAAGCCGGAGGGCAGUGCUGAACGUCCUGGAGCGGAGAAUUCCAUCCGUGUGGUGGCAAAUGUCCCCCAGCAGCACGAUCGAUGUGCUGCAAUCGCUUGAAACUUGCAAACUGUCCCCGUUCAGGAUAACACAGACCCUAGCCCGGUGGUUGAAUACGAACAUUCAUGCCGUGAGCGAAGAUCAGCUGGAGGCUGUACUGGAAUCAUUUACAAAUUUGGGCUAUUCGGAAAACCAAAUCGAGAGGGCCGUCGAGCGAUUCGUAAAGAACAAGGGAGUCAAGAUUGUUUCGCAUAGUUUGAUCGUUACUAUUCUGAAACAUUGUCAGGCAUUCCGUCUGAGAAACUCUCACAUCCUGAAUGGUUGCAGCGAAUUUUUCAUAGCCCACCACCAAAACCUGGACCCUGGCUAUCUGCGAGCGAUUAUCUGUCCCUUCGGUUAUCUUGACUACCAGCCGGUGAACAGCGUCAAGUUCUGGGAAACCCUGGACAUGUAUUUGGAUCUCAACUUCACCAAAAUCCACCCAAUGGAAAUAAUCGACAUUAUGUUCAGCUACGUCUGCCUCGAGCGCUACCCUCUCAUGUUCGUGAAUCGAAUCUUCAACCCGUACUUCUUGGACGUGCUCCACGAUCGGACCCGUCCGGAGCGGCUCAAUCGAGUUCGAAGUCUGAUCAAGGUGUUCGAUACCAGUCUCACAUUGGAAUGUGCGGAUUAUGAUGGUCCGUUACUUCCCAGGGAUCACUCCGCCAAAACGUUAUUCCACGACGGACGAAUCAAACGGGUCGUGAACUACAUUACCCCAGAGCUGCAAAAACUAGCCGGCGGUCCGGAUUGCAUGACCAAAUUCACCAUUUUGCAACACCUUCCCGUACACGAGCUCUACCUAGUCGAUGCCAUCUUCCACCCGUGCGGUAUGGGAAACAUAUUCUCUCUGAACACCAUGAAGGAACGAAACAUCAACAUUGCCGUCCUGGUGCUACUGCCGGAGUUCUUCAACAGCACCGGAGAGCAUCUGAUCGGGUCGCAAGCCAUGCGAAUUCGACACCUGCGCCGGCUGGGUUUGCGAGUGGUUACACUACGAUUCGAUACCCUGUACAAAUUGAAGGUGCACCCGGCGGCACUGGAGAAGUACCUGGUCGAGCGGAUGAAGCAAGCUUUGGAUGCACUGCCGACUCCAAAGCGGACCAGUGGUGACGGUGGUGGUACUACAACCACUGAUCCCGAAGAUUAAUAACAAUUUCACUGCGAGCGAAACAAGACUGCAGUUUGGUACUUAGAGCAGAGUUAAUACACACACAUUUCAUUGUGAUACCUACUUAAGUUGUUAGAAACCCUACAAUAGCUAGCACAAAUUGACUGCUUAUUAAAGUAAUAAAUCCAUUGUGUCAUUUUACAGAUGUUACAAAACAAUCACGUGUAAUAGGAGUUUUGAACUGUUCAAAAUAAAUAGCAGCGUAUGACGGAA